CCUCCUUCUGGCAUCUAGCAUAUCCACACGGCUGAUCUACAGGUGAAGGUACAGUAAACCCUUGACUGUAUGGGCUCUGAGGCUGAGGUAGGUGAGGUUCCCGCAAUAUAAAAUAAUCUGAUAUCUUAUAUAAAAGAGAAUUUUCCUGAUUGAUCCAUGAAGAAUGGAUGGGAACAGAGACAAGAUGGCCGAGAAGAUAUUAAAUCUCACUCUAGAGAUACUCUUCCAACUUACUGGAGAGGAUUACACAGUGGUGAAGAAGACCUCUAGCGAGCGCUGUCAGGCUCCUGUUUCUGAAGGAUGGGGAAGAACCUUGAGCCCAAUCACGGGGCCUCUGCCUCACUCCAUGAUACAUGAGGAAAUCAAUGAACAGAAGAUCCUAGAACUCAUCCACAAGAUGAUUGAGCUGCUGACUGGAGAGGUUCCUAUAAGGUGUCAGGAUGUCACUGUCUAUUUCUCCAUGGAGGAGUGGGAGUAUGUAGAAGGACACCAGGAUCUGUACAAGGAUGUCCUGAUGGAGGACCACCAGCCCCUCACAUCACCAGGUAGAUCCAGUAAGAGAACAACACGAGAUAGAUGUCCCAAUCCUCUUCUUCCACAGGAUCAUCAGCUCUUAAAUCAGGAGGAAGAUUUGAAUAAUAUUAAUGCUACAGAAACAUAUGCGAUCGGUGAUGACCAGUGUGAGGAGGAACCUCCUACAGAAACAUGUGUGAGUGCUAAUGACCAGUGUAAGGAGGAACCUCCGAUGGACACAUAUGUGGGAGGUGAUGACCAGUGUAAGGAGGAACUUCCUACGGAGACAUAUGUGGGAGGUGAUGACCAGUAUAAGGAGGAACUUCCUACGGAGACAUAUGUGGGAGGUGAUGACCAGUGUAAGGAGGAACUUCCUACGGAGACAUAUGUGGGAGGUGAUGACCAGUAUAAGGAGGAACUUCCUACGGAGACAUAUGUGGGAGGUGAUGACCAGUAUAAGGAGGAACUUCCUACGGAGACAUAUGUGAGGGAUGAUGACCAGUAUAAGGAGGAACUUCCUACGGAGACAUAUGUGGGAGGUGAUGACCAGUGUAAGGAGGAAAUUACUAUGGACACAUAUGUGUGGGAUGAUGAACAGUAUAUGGAAGAAUCUCCUACAUAUAACCAGCCAGAUGACUGUACCAGGAGCUCAGAGACACCUCUGGUAUCUUCAGAUUUUAAAGCAGAUGAAGGUGGUAUUACUCAAGACACAUAUGAAAAACAUGCCAUUGUCUCAGAUGUACCCUCAGCCUUUCACAGCAGAGAUCUAUCAUCUGAUCCUUUUAAACAUCUCCUAUCUUCUGAUUCAUCACAAGCUGUAAAUCAGAAUAAUAGUCACAAAAAGGAUGUUGUAGGUCAAAGAACGCACACAGCGAAGAAAACAUUUAUUUGCUCAGAAUGCGGGAAAUGUUGUUCUCUGAAAACAGAUCUUGAAAGACAUCAGAGAAUUCACACAGGAGAAAAGCCAUAUUCAUGUUCAGAGUGUGGAAAAAGUUAUACUCGGAAAUUACAUCUUGUUCAACACAUGGUGAGUCACAAAGGGGAGAAGCCAUUUUCUUGUCCAGAAUGUGGGAAACGUUUUCACCAGAAAAAAAGACUCGUUGAACAUCAGAGAACUCACACAGGAGAGAAGCCAUAUUCAUGCGCAGAAUGCGGGAAAUGUUUUAUUCAUAAAUCAAGUAUGGUCAAACAUCAAAGCCUUCACAGUGAAGAGAAGCCAUUUUCAUGUCCUGAAUGUGGAAAGUGUUUUAGUCUGAAGUCAUCUCUUAAUGCACAUCAAAGAAGUCACAGAGAAGAAAGAUUUUCGUGCCCAGAAUGUGGUAAAUGUUACAAAUCUAAAUCAUCUCUCGUUAUACAUCAAAAAAUUCACACAGGAGACCAACCAUUUUCAUGUUCAGAAUGUGGGAAACGAUAUGCGGUGAAAUCACUUCUUGCUCAACAUCUGAAGAGUCACGCAGAAGAGAAGCCAUAUUCAUGUUCAGAAUGUGGCAAAGGUUUUACUCAGAAAUCACAUCUUGUUGGACAUCUGAGAAUUCACACAGGGGAGAAGCCUUAUUCAUGUCCAGAAUGUGGGAAGUGUUUUGCUCAGAAAGUGAACGUCAUCGUACAUCAAAACACUCACACAGGAGUGAAGCCAUAUUCAUGUUCAGAAUGUGGGAAAUGUUUUACUCAGAAAUCAAGUUUUCUUAAGCACCAGAGAAUGAACACACACAAAGAAAAACCUACAAUAAUUGGAGGCAAAAUACUGGUAUAUCCUACCACAAAAAGGCAAAGCAAAUCCUGGAGGAAAGGGGGGACACGAUUGAAACCUGUUCUCAAUAAGAAGCUAAACACAAGAACAAGGGGGCACAAUCUGAAAUUAGCUGGGGGUAACAUCAUGAACAAUGUCAGGAAAUAUUAUUUUACUGAAAGAGUGGCUGAAACUGGGAAGAGACUUCCAGCAGAAGGACACAAGGAUCUUUACAAGGAGGUCAUGAUGGAGGACCACCAGACCCUCACACCGCCAGGAAAAUCCACUAAGAGAAGAACACCAGAGAGAUGUCCCAGUCCCCUUCCUCCACAGGAGCAUCAGCUUUUAUAUCAGGAUCAGAGCAAUAUCAAUUCCAUAGAUUCAUAUGUGAGGGUUGAUGACCAGUGUAAGGGGCACAUUCCUACAGGUAACAGCUCAGCUGACUGUACGAGGAGCUCAGAGGGACAUCUGAUAUCUUCAGAUUUUAAAGCAAAUGAUUGUGGAAUCACACAAGACACAUAUGAAGAACAUGCCAUCAUCUCAGAUGUCUCCUCAGCCCUUCACAGCAAAGAUCUAUCUUCUGAUCCUCUUAAACAUCUCCGAUCUUCUGAUUCAUCACAGAUUGUUAAGCAAACUAUAAGUCACAAAAGGGAUGUUGUACAUCGAAGAGCUCACAAGAGGAAGAAACCAUUUUCAUGCUCAGAAUGCGGAAAAUGUUUUAAUCAGAAAUCCGAUAUUGAGAGACAUCAGAGAAUUCACACAGGAGAGAAGCCAUAUUCAUGUUCAGAAUGUGGGAAAUGUUUUUCUCAGAAACCAACUCUUGUUCAACAUCAAAGAAUUCACACGGGGGAGAAGCCAUUUUCAUGCCAAGAGUGUGGAAAAUGCUUUACCCAUAAACAUAAUCUUGUUAAACAUAGGAAAAAUCACACAGGAAAGAAGGAAAAGUCAUUUUCAUGUUCAGAAUGUGGGAAAUGUUAUGGCACAAAAUCUACUCUUGUUGAACAUCAUAAAACUCACACAGGAGAGAAACCAUUUUCAUGUUCAGAAUGUGGGAAAUGUUAUACUCGGAAAUCACAUCUUGUUAAACAUAUGAGGAGUCACACAGGGGAGAAGCCAUUUUCAUGUUCAGAAUGUGGGAAAUGUUUUGCCCAGAAACUAAUUCUUGUUAGACAUCAAAGAAUUCACACAGGAGAAAUGCCAUUUUCAUGCCAAGAAUGUGGGAAAUGUUUUACUCAAGAAGUAAAUCUUGUUAAACAUCAGUCAAUUCACACAGGAAAGAAGGAAAGGUCAUUUACAUGUUCAGAAUGUGGCAAAUGCUUUAGGCAGAAAUCAGUUCUUGUUAAACAUCAGAGAAUUCACACAGGGGAGAAGCCAUUUUCAUGUCCAGAAUGUGGCAAGUGUUACAGCGCCAAAUCAACACUUGUAGACCAUCAAAAAAUUCACACAGGUGUGAAGCCAUUUUCAUGUUCAAAAUGUGGGAAAUGUUAUGCUGUGAAAUCACAUCUUGCUCAACAUCUGAGGAGUCACACAGAAGAGAAGCCAUUUUCAUGUUCAGAAUGUGGGAAAUGUUUUGUUCAGAAAUCACAUCUUGUUCAACAUCAGAGAAUCCACACAGGUGAGAAGCCAUACUCAUGUCCAGAAUGUGGGAAAUGUUUUACUCAGAAAUCAAAUUUUGUUGUACAUCAAAAUAUUCACAGAGGGGAGAAGCCAUUUUCAUGUACUGUAUGUGGAAAGUGUUUUAACCACAAGUCAGCUCUUACUGCACAUCAGAGAAUUCACACAGGGGACAUGUUUUCCUGCCCAGAAUGUGGGAAAUGUUUUAUCCAGAAAUCAGAUCUUGUUAAGCAUGAACGAACCCACACAGUUACUCGUUUUCUGGAUAAAUAUUUCAAGAAAAAACUACAUUUACAGCCAAAGUCAAGUGACAUACAAGAUAAAGCACAAGCUAAUAAUAGUUCUAAAUGAUGAUGAUGAACUGUAUGCAAUUACCAAUCCAAACAGCAAAUAGAAUCCAUAUAAUCCACCGUUCUAUCAGGCACGUACAGAAAGAUGUUCCCAUGAACAUAUAUAUAACUUUCUCAAAACG